UAUCCAACUCGGAUAGAAACGCUCUAUUCCUCAGAUCCAUUUCAAAAUUAUUUUCUAUUUGCCGAUAUGCUUCAAAGAAGUAUCUCUAAAGAGUCAGAUUAUAUAACUCCUGAUCUUAUACUGAGAAAUACGAGACAUAUCUCUUUAGAGCUGUGA